AUGGAGGCAAAGAUUAAACUCAUGGUUGUUGUUGUUGUUGUUGUUUUGAUUGGGUUCAUGUCUUGUUCUUGUGCAAGUAUAUUUGAUGUAGGUGGAGUUGAUGGCUGGGUUCAGAAUCCAUCUGAAACCUACACUCACUGGGCAAUGAGAAACAGGUUUCAAAUCAGUGAUACUCUUGUAUUCAAGUACAAAAGAGGGGAGGACUCAGUUCUAGUGGUAAAUGAAAAGGAUUGUGAUACAUGCAACAUAAACAACCCAAUUGAGAAAAUGGACAAUGGUUACUCAACAUUUAACCUCUCAAGAUCAGGGCCCUUCUUUUUCAUCAGUGGAGUAGCAGGGAAAUGCCAAAAGGGCCAAAAGCUUGUCAUUGUUGUACUUGCUCCAAGGAUCAAGAUGACUGGAUCACCGGCUUCGGCUCCUUCGCCGUUGCCCUCUCCAGUGAGCUCACCGUUUUCGCCUUCACCUUUAUCGCCGGACUCCACGACGUCAUCUUCUUCGGUUUUGAGUUUUUCAGGCACUUCCAAGGUGGUUGUGAUGGUGGUUGUGGUGGCAUUCAUGCUGGUUGUUUUCUAGAGUUGUACUUCACUUCAUGGCCUUUGUUUUGCAUUUAGCCUUUGAUUGCCUUGUGAAUCAUGUUUUGCUAGAUGCUUAGUAAUAUUUGAGAAUGAAAAUAAAAAUAUUUGUUUUCCCUUGUCAUCACCCUCUCUCUUGCAUGAACU